AUGGCCGCGGCGAACCGCUGGGACCCGGCUACCGCGUCAAACGCUGCUGGGCUACUGCUGGGCCAUUUCGUUACAUCGGAGUUGGUUACUGAGGAAAUGUUAAAUAUAUCUAAGAAAUCAACUUCUUGCUUUGUGAACUUCUCCAGACUACAGCAGAUCACAGAUAUUCAAGCUGAAAUCUACCAGAAAAACCUGGAAAUUGAACUCCUAAGCCUAGAAAAAGAUGCAGCAGAUGUUGUCCAUCCUUCCUUUUUGGCUCAGAAGUGUCAUAGUCUGCAAAGCAUGAAUAAUCAUUUGGAAGCAGUGCUAAAAGAAAAGCGGUCCCUCAGGCAAAGACUGUUGAAACCCAUGUGCCAAGGAAACUUGCCUGUUGAAGCUGUUUAUCACAGAUACAUGGUGCAUUUGCUGGAAUUGGCAGUAACUUUCAUUGAGCGAUUAGAAGAUCAUCUUGAAACAAUUAGAAAUAUCCCUCAUUUAGAUGCAGAUCUAAAGAAAAUGAGCACAGCUUUAGCAAAGAUGGAUAUUUUGGUGACUGAGACAGAAGAACUGGCAGAGAAUGUACUCAAGUGGCGAGAACAACAAAAGGAAGUUUCCUCUUAUAUCCCCAAAAUAUUAGCUGAAAAAAAUUCUCUUCAUAAACAUGUUAUAGUGCCUCCUUUACCUCUUACUUCUAAAGUUAAUGUUCAAACUAUUAAUGCCAAGUAA